UUGUAAAUGAAGAGUAUUGUUAAACUUAAAUGUUUACGAAAACAAUAUUAAAAGUAAGAUUUUGGAGGAAUUAUAAAACAAAAUACCAUUUGUUAAAGAUUAUUGCGUUAUUGCAUGAUUAACUCCAAAUAAGUGAACUAUCCGUUUUACUUCUAAAAUAUGAAAUAUGGAGCAGACAAUGAUUUCAACAUUUUUUUAUAUAUGAGAUCAAUUAAAUCAUGCGUGGAAGUCGAAGUUUUGCUUACACGGAGAAAUGCAUCAACAGUUUAAUGUGAAAUAACAGAAAAACAGAACAGAACAGAACACAGUUUAUUGCAUAUUAACCAGUUCACACAAUAUUCACAGUGGUAUAAGUCAAAGAAGAAGCGUUACCGUGGGUUUAAUGUGGAUAGAAAACACCUCUUAUGUAACUUACCAGGCCGGUCAGUUGGCGAUACCGUGAGCAAAAGUUCAACCAAUGCAGUAGUGUUCAGUACAAUCAGUCACAGAGCGCUAAAACACUAUGAGCUUAACGUGCAAACCUAAGUGCAAAAAAGCGCAAGCUGUCGUCUGUAUAGUGAUAAACGUCGUCCUAACGUUAAAUUUUCUGGUGCUUAUAACAAUCUGGGCGUUUGUAAGAGCAUCUUUUCCUAGUCUACAUGAAAGCUCAACGUGUAUUCCUUGCGACAAAGUGGCGUCCAAGGCUAACAAAAACUCAGGCCAAGAAAGAGCUUAUUCAGCUAUCCAAAUGAGAGAAGAUGGGUUGUGUUGUGGACCAGUAAAACAAAUGGCUUGGAUGGUGUUUCUGAAGGAAAUGGCUACGCAGUACUACGAUUACAGGCAAAACGGUCAAAGUCUGCUUGACAUAUUAGACGAAUCUUUACUUGCCGACUGUGAAAGAGAAACAAACAACAAACAACCCUUUUCGAAAGUUGUCGGAAUUGUAGAUUUCACUCCUAGCUACAUAGUUGACGGUCACCACAAGCUCCUGUGGAAUAAAAACGGUCGAACAUUUUACUCAAACAAUUGCGUUCACUUGGAACUAGAAGGCGAAAUAUUUGUCCGGCAACCUGGCUACUACAUGGUUUCUUCGCAGCUGAAUCUACGGAGACGAAUGGAGACAAGCACAGCUAUCAAUGAAACAAGACCAACGACUUUUGUUCAUCAUGUUGAUCUCCUUUCACACAAAUAUGGCACAACGGGGGUGUUGAUGCAAACCAAAAAAUCAAUUGAAGGAAAGUGUGUAUACCACACAAGUUUCCUGUCAGCGAUAUUCAAGCUGAACAAGAAUGACAGGCUCUCUGUGUCUGUUUCGCACCCUGAAUUGUUAGACAUUGACAAUCCCAAUGAUCAUUUCCUGGUUUAUUACACUUAUGAUCUACCACUAUAAAAUACGAUUCAACUACGUAUUGCUUAAAGUGACACUCUUAUUCAAAAUCAGACAAACACAUGAAUAACAAACAUAAAAUUUUGACUCAUAAACCUUUAACUACUUACUAAAUAAUUCAUCAAUGGAAAAUAUUAAUUACUGAUAACAAGACUUUAACCGUGUAUUUAAUAGCUGAAAACGCACAAAUAUUAAAUGAUUGGUGAAUGCUAAACGAUUUACUGUGAUCAGCUAUAGUCUCAUAAGGUAGAAAACUAUUUUUUAAGUACAUUCCUCUCAAUUUAAACUCGGUAUCCUUCAUAAAAAAAAACCACAUUGUUUUCCACAUGUAUUCAUCCUUUUUGGAGUAUGAAAACAAUUAUAUUAUUUUUCGUAAAUCUUACUGGGAGUAAGAGUGCAUCUUUAAAUAUAAUAUAUAUAAGUUUCAGGAAUAAGGAUAUUUUUGAUUUACAGUGUAUUGAGCAUGUGAAAACAUGUCUAUCAGUCAUGAAACAUUAUUUUUUAUUGAGAAUUUUCCACACAACGGAAGUACAUAUGACGCAAUGGUGACGUCAUACCAAAAAGCAGCAAAUUGCCUUGAACACCAACGUUUUAAUACGUCUCCCACAAUUAAAUCUUUGGAAAGCACGUUUUCUUAAAACGAGUAUUUUUUACUAUUUGACCUCAAGACAAACUCAUACAUUUCGUAAAAAGUCGUCACCUACUUAAAAGAAUCACAAACAACCGUAACAAUGAAUACCUUAAAAGAGCAUACAGUUAAAUAUGUUUCGAAAGUAAAUCACUGGACUCUCAACAAUCAAAUCCCAUUAAUAACAAUGAUAACAACUAGGACAAUCUCAGUAGCCAAACAUUCAAGCAAAUACAUGUUAACAGCCACAGGGAUAACACCCAUUUAACACUUUACGAGAGACGACACGUACAAUUUACACGGACAGACCACAUCUGCAUCAAACUAAUCGUAUGUGUGCGAAAAAGAUCGAUUCUUAAUCGAAUAUCUAGGACUCUAGCAUUAUGACAGAGGUUCAACCAUUAUGUCAGAGGUUUUUGAAACCCGUGUCCAUAGCCAGGAAAAAGAGACAAACCUGUAAUCUUAAACUCAGAAAUUUAUUUUUUAUUAAAACUAAAAUAAACACCAUUUAUUACAAAUAAAUAAAUUCAUUAAAUCAUAAUGAUAACAAAUAGGAUAUAAAGUUUAAUUGACAACGUAUAGGAAGGCAUUUAACCAAGAAAAUAGUAAUAAAGGAAUGAUUAUUAUCAGCAUUAUUAAGGUAAAUAGAAAUGAUAUUAUACCAAGAAAAUUAACAAAUAUAAUUAUGGUAAUCAUUAUCAAGAUUGUAUAGUUUAAUUAGAAGUAACAAUUGAUAAAUUAAAUCUUAACAAACACACGCAAAUAAAAAGCACAACAGCACACACGCCUUCAUAAGUAUAAACUCAUAUCUAUAAUGUUCAAUCCAACAAUUCAUUCUACAUAUUAUCGGAGCACACUUGUUUAUAUACAACCAAAGUCCAAGGGUCGAAAGUUUUUAAUUUUAUAUAAGUAAAAACAAAAUGUUUUGUUUAAGAUUAACUUUUUUAAUUAUAUUAUUUUACAAUGUAUGUUAAAAAUAUUCAUUUAAUUGAUCCUGCAAGUGUCUGUUGAAAGUGUUGAGUUCAAUCGAUUGAUCAAUAUCAUGUUAUUUCUAUUAGCUUUUGCUACACAUUUCAAACAUUACUAUCAAGAUGAUAAUUAAAACUAAUACUAUUUUUUAACCAAACACUUUUUUUCUGGAAUGAUGAUUCAAAUCACGCAAACAAACAUGAAUGCAUAAGUCCCCAACAAAGCGUUACAGGACAAGUCUUAGGUACUACUUAAUACUACAUUGAACACUAUUUUGAGGAUGACCUGAUUAAAUUAAUGUAAUAUGAAUAUACUUUAAGAAUGAGAAUGAUUACCAUAUUGUAAGGGGAAUGAAGGAAUUUGGAUGAUAACUUGAUGUAAGUGUUCUGGUAAAAGUGUUAAUAUUCAGAAGCAUUAUGUUGAUUGAAUGAAUUUUUAAGUAUAUGAUAAAUAAUCUAAAAACAAAUAAUUAAGCAAAUUUUACUUCGAAACAAAUCACAGCACAGCAACCACAGGGACAAACCCAUUAGUCAAUACUACAAUGCAAACUAGUAGGACACCGCAGUAGUAAAGCAUUCAAAUGUAAACUGUCUAGAGACACAAGGCAAUGGCCAAAAAUUAAUUGAACUUAAGACACAAACGUACAAGCACCGCAUACAAACAUACAAACAUUACUAUCAGAUCACACAUUCAUAUAAAUAGCUUCAUCGAUAAAUGAUGGGAUUAUAGCUUUGAAUAGCUCAGUGAAACGCGAGUUAAACCCAAAUUCGUCAUCUUACGGCAAGAUAGAAUAUUCUUAAAUCGACGCCGUUUCAUUCUUUCUGAAUAUAAUGAAUAUACAUUUGAAAAGGACCCAGAAAAGUACGAACAUGUAUUAUAUAUAAUUAGUUAUUAUCUUAUGUAGAGUUUACUCUUCGAUGACUUCUUUCUUAGAAUUUAUAGUUCAAAUAGCAGCUAUAACAUUAUAAAGAAUUGUCACAUUGAAUAAGUGGGUAAUAUUAAACAACUUCCUAAUACUUAAACAAUAGCUGGUUCCAAGACAAAAAUAAAAUAAAAAAAGUUGUCAAAACUAUCAAUCUGUGAGAGUGCAGCUUUAAUACUUAAACGUUCAAUGGCCAUAAAGGGAAGGUUUUGCAAUCUUAUUUUGAAUAUAGCUUUUUCCACAAUGCGAACUAAGCUUGUUUUAAAUAUCCAGCGAUAUGAUUUGCAUAAAUACACUCAAAGAUGAUAGUAUGGAUGGUUCAAUAAUAUAAUAAAAACCGAUAAAUAAAAGGAAAUCAGGCUCAAAACGUUAAUUGAAACACGAAUUCACUGAAAGAAGAGUGGAAUGGUGGCUAUGGUAAUAACCUCAUAGUAUAUAUUCUUACUUUGCAUCCCUUAUAUGCUAAGUAACAUUAAAGACAUAAAUAUU